AUGCAGGGUAGACCCGUAAAGCUAUUCACAAACCAUUUCCGAGUGACAUCUCGCCCCCAGCAGGUCACAUAUAAGUACAACAUUGACUACAUGCCAGACAUUGAGGAUGGAAAAGUUCGUACAGAACUGCUUUUGCAGCAUAAAGCAUUAAUUGGAAAGUGUCAUAUAUUUGAUGGAAGCUCUUUAUUAUUACCUCACAAACUACUAUCACCAAAAAUGGAACUGGUCAGCCUGUUGAAAAAACAGGUUGUGAAGGUGACCAUUGAAUUCACCAGUGAACUCAUGCCCACCUCGCCGGACUGUUUACGCUAUUACAACAUUCUCUUUAGAAGAAUUUUGAAGAUGAUGGAACUGGAGCAAGUUGGUCGCAACUAUUAUAACAAGCGUGAGGCCACUGAGUUCAGCGAUCAUAACCUGGUAAUCUGGCCUGGAUAUGUUACUUCUAUUCUUGAGUAUGAAACCAGCAUUACCCUCUGUGCUGAUGUGAACCAUAAACUGGUUCGAAUGCAAACAGCUUAUGAUUUAAUAUCGGCUCUUCGUGAUGGCUUCCCUGCAAAGCAAGAUCUUCGGGAGCAAGUUUCUAAACAAUUAGUUGGAUCAAUUGUUUCUACAAUAUUUAACAACAAAACCUAUAGGGUGGAUGAUAUUGAUUGGGAGGAGACUCCCAGAACUACAUUUAAAACAUCAGAUGGGGCUGAAAUCACCUUCGUAGAGUACUACAAGACGCGAUAUGAUCAAGCGGUCACUGAGCUGAAUCAGCCACUCUUGAUCAGCAAAGGCAAAUGGAAAAAGAGCCAGCAGGACACACCCCGUAAGCCUGUACUCCUGGUUCCUCAACUGUGCAACCUGACAGGUCUAACAGAUGAUCUGCGCAAAAAUUACAGGGUGAUGAGAGACCUGGCUCUUCAUAUGAGGUUGGAUCCAGAAAAAAGGCAGCAUGAAUUACAAAAAUUUAUGAACGCUAUACAGACAAAUAAGGAGGUACAACAGGAACUUCAACUCUGGGAUUUGAAAUUUGAUGCCAGCUUCUUGUCCUUCUCAGGAAGAAUCUUGAAAGAAUGCUCCACCUACAGUUUCCUUGACGUGGCGUCCAGUUCUCCUAGCACUGUGGUGGCGUCCUGGACAGUCUCACUUUUGCUUUCUUUCAAGGUCGUUUGUGUGCUGUCCAGUGAAAAGAAAGAUCUGUAUGAUAGCAUAAAACAAUACCUGUGUGUCAGUUGCCCGAUCCCAAGCCAGUGUGUCAUCGCACGGACCUUAGACAAACCCCAGACGCUGAUGACCAUUGCGACAAAGCUUGCCCAGCAGAUGAACUGCAAGAUGGGAGGUGCCCUCUGGAAGGUGGACACAGGAUUACAGAAUGCGAUGUUCAUCGGUAUCGACUGUUUCCACGAUAUUGUACAUCGGCGGAAGUCGAUUGCAGGCUUUGUGUCCAGCAUCAAUCAAGAAUUGACACAGUGGUUCUCUCAGUGCCUCUUCCAGGAAUCGGGGCAGGAGCUUGUGAAUGGGCUGAAAGCCUGCUUGGAAGCUGUAGCCUACAGUCGUGUGUUCUGCAUUUCCAGGUAUGAUUUCUUUAUCGUGAGUCAGUCCGUGAAAGAUGGUACUGUCACUCCCACUCAUUAUAAUGUCAUCCACGACACGGUUCGCUUCACUCCAGAUAGGAUCCAGUGUCUCACCUACAGACUAUGCCACAUGUAUUAUAAUCUGCCAGGUGUCAUUCGAGUUCCUGCUCCUUGUCACUAUGCCCACAAACUGGCUUACCUUGUGGGCCAGAGUAUUCACCAGGAACCACACCAUUCCCUGGCAAACCGUCUCUUCUACCUGUGA